GCGUCCGCGGCGUGACAACAACGUAUACGUGCAGCCGUCGUGCGCAUUUGCUGGGAAUCGCUCGCUAGUUGAGCUGUUCGAGCCCUCGUGCAAGAUCCGCGCGUAGCUUGUGCUGCACUGCUCUCACUGACCACUGGGUGUGCACACUGCACACACGCCGGCGCCGCGUUUUGACGCUAUUCUGUGGCGCCACCGCGUCCACAAAUAUGGUGCGCCUCCUCGCCGCCACGCGCUUGCUGCUGGAGCGCCGCAACUUCUUGCUCGCGACCACCCUCGCCUCGCGCGCGCUCGCGACGACCUCGCCGCAGCUCCAGCUGCGGCCCGGCGAGGCGACGAGCGACGACGAGAAGACGAUCUAUUUCGUGAGGCACGCCGAGGGCUACCACAACAAGGGCGAGCGCGAGCUGCCGAACUGGAAGUCCGACAACCUGGGGCUCGACCCCAAGUACCGCGACGCGCGCCUGACGCCGGCCGGCGUCGCGCAGUCGCAACAGCUGAACGCAGACCUCCGCAAAAGGUCCGUGCCGCCGCCAGAGUUAGUCGUCGUGAGCACGCUGUCGCGCACGAUCCAGACGGCUCAAACCGGUUUUAAAGAUCUGCCAGGCUGGCCCACGACCUUCGUCGGCACCGAACUCUGCCGCGAGCGCAUCUCCGUCCACGAGUGCGACCACCGGCGGACCCUGACUGACCUGAGGAAGGAUUUCCCCUUCGUCGACUUCGCCCUCGUGAAGGACGAGGACGACGUCCUGUGGACGGCGCGCAAGGAGAACGAGCCCUCGGAGAUGGCGGCGACGCUUUGUUAUGAGAGAGCGGACGAGUUCCUGAAUUGGCUGAAGAACCGGCCCGAACGGAAUAUCGCCGUCGUCGCGCACUGGGUCUUCCUGAAGCACAUGUUCACGGCGCACGCGGCCGACCCGGCGCUGGCGACGAACUUUAGGAAUGCGGAGCUCCGCACGGCGGCGCUCUUUCGCGGCAGCGGGAAGGUCGAGCUCUAAUUAAUUAAGUC